AUGGUCGAGGAUGAUGUUGUGGAAGAGACAGGCAUAACUUCAGAUCCACUUGUAUUGGUCUUCGAUGAGGAAUCCGAUGUCAAUGGUGCUGUUCCGCUGUUUUCAGUACUUGAUGUGGCGGCUGUUUGCGGAAUAGAUAAGCUCAGGGUCCUGGUUGAAACCGUCGGGAAUGUUGUCUCGACUGGCCCCGGAUACGUGAAAGUGCGGAACUCCGUCGAAGUUCCUCUUACUGGUGACUCAUUUGGCGGCAAGGAACACAGGAAGACGACAACCACCGCCAACAAAGCGAGUGGAUGUCGCAUUUCGAUAUUCAAGGGCAGAUAUCGUCUUGGCGGCUGGAAAGAGCUGGAAACGACUGUAAAAAGUGGAUACUGUGAGUCGAAUGGCAGAGAAGCAGUUUGA